GGCCCCAGCGCGCACCACUCUGGGGCUCCCGAGGCGGCUAGAGGGAGAUCCGGGGCGCGCAGGGCUGGAGCAGCGACCCGGGGCCCCUGUUCUGGGAGCGGGAAGUCGGAAGAGGGUUUGUAGCCGGUGCCCGCAGGCCUGGGCGCUACCCGAGCCAGAGAAGGGAGCGAGGGCUCGCUCAGCUGCCUCCCCGGCACUCACUCUCCGGACUCCAAGGUCUGCAAGGCUGCUGCUCCUCCCAUCCCGGCCCGCCUCCUCGCUCUUUCCACAGCUCUCCGGAGCUGCUGUGCUAACCCUGCGGUGCGUCCCGGCGAGUGCGGGCCGAGGGGCCCCGCGCCAGGGCUGAGCAGAAGACAGAGGCGUCCCGGGCAGAGCGCAGCCGGCCGGGGAGUGGCCAUGUGUGGCAAGGCCGCGGCGAAACUAGUCUCCAGCGAGUGAUCUCGCGUCGUGGACCGCUGCCCUGCCCCCUCCGCUGCCACCUGGGGCGGCGCGGGCCCCGGUGCCCCGGAUCGCGCGUAGAGCCGGCGAGAUGCACGUGCGCUCGCUGCGCGCCACGGCGCCACACAGCUUCGUGGCUCUCUGGGCGCCUCUGUUCUUGUUGCGCUCCGCCCUAGCCGACUUCAGCCUGGACAACGAGGUGCACUCGAGCUUCAUCCACCGGCGCCUCCGCAGCCAGGAGCGGCGGGAGAUGCAGAGGGAGAUCCUGUCCAUCUUGGGCUUGCCCCAUCGCCCGCGCCCGCACCUCCAAGGAAAGCAUAACUCGGCGCCCAUGUUCAUGUUGGACCUAUACAACGCCAUGGCGGUGGAGGAGAGCGGGCCCGACGGCCAGGGCUUCUCCUACCCCUACAAGGCCGUCUUCAGUACCCAGGGUCCCCCUUUAGCCAGCCUGCAGGACAGCCACUUUCUCACCGACGCCGACAUGGUCAUGAGCUUCGUCAACCUCGUGGAACAUGACAAGGAAUUCUUCCACCCCCGCUACCACCAUCGAGAGUUUCGGUUUGAUCUUUCCAAGAUCCCCGAGGGCGAAGCAGUGACUGCGGCUGAAUUCCGGAUCUAUAAGGACUACAUCCGGGAGCGAUUUGACAACGAGACCUUCCAGAUCAGAGUCUACCAGGUGCUCCAGGAGCACUCAGGCAGGGAGUCGGACCUCUUCUUGCUGGACAGCCGUACCCUCUGGGCUUCUGAGGAGGGCUGGCUGGUGUUUGACAUCACAGCCACCAGCAACCACUGGGUGGUCAACCCACGGCACAACCUGGGCCUGCAGCUCUCCGUGGAGACCCUGGAUGGGCAGAGCAUCAACCCCAAGUUGGCGGGCCUGAUUGGGCGGCACGGACCCCAGAACAAGCAACCCUUCAUGGUGGCCUUCUUCAAGGCCACAGAGGUCCAUCUACGUAGCAUCCGGUCCACUGGGGGCAAGCAGCGCAGUCAGAACCGCUCCAAGACGCCCAAGAACCAAGAGGCCCUGAGGAUGGCCAGUGUGGCAGAAACCAGCAGCAGUGACCAGAGGCAAGCCUGCAAGAAACAUGAGCUGUAUGUCAGCUUCCGAGACCUCGGCUGGCAGGACUGGAUCAUCGCGCCUGAAGGCUAUGCUGCCUACUACUGUGAGGGGGAGUGUGCCUUCCCUCUGAACUCCUACAUGAAUGCCACCAACCACGCCAUUGUCCAGACACUGGUUCACUUCAUCAACCCGGACACGGUACCUAAGCCUUGCUGUGCACCCACCCAGCUCAACGCUAUAUCUGUCCUGUACUUUGACGACAGCUCCAAUGUCAUCCUGAAGAAGUACCGGAACAUGGUGGUCCGGGCCUGCGGCUGCCACUAGCCUCUUCUGAGAGCCUGACCCUUUGGGGCCACGUUGUUCCAGAUCUGUGGUGUCUCACCUUUAGUCUCUCACUGCCCACCUUGGCGAGAAGCGAACAGAUCAGCCACCUCUCCUGAGCCUUCCCCUCACCUCCCCAACUGGAAAUACGUAAGGCAUGAGAAACCUGAGCACCCGGUGGCUGGCAAGCAGGCUUUAAUUCUGGCACAUUAUGGGCAAGAUCCUACAAGCUGCCACAGGCAACAUCCAGCAGGAAAAAUGCCUUCCACGAAUGAGACUGUUGGCCACAUGGCCCCUGUGGCGCUCUGUGAGUCCUUGAGGGCUAAUUGCAAGUGUCCUUCAGCCAGGCCAUCCGCCGCAGCAGGAGGAAAGGCCUAACCAGGGUGAGCGCUUACGUCUGUGCUGAAGAAAAACCAGGCAGAAGUCCCUGUAACAACAUGUCACAAUAAAACCCGUGAAUGAAAAUGGUUAGGAUGUUACAGAUAUAUUUUCCUAAACAAUUUAUCCCCGUUCCUUGGUUUAUUCUGACUUCAUAAACAGAAGCCGGGGCCUGUGGAGGCUGGGGAGGCCCCCUCCUUUUCAUUUGGUUUCCUUCUGAGGCUGCAGGGCCCAGUGUUUACCCAAAACUGCCCAAAUCCACCGUGUAGGGAGGGGAAGGAGGGAUGUCUGCUCAGAAGAGGCCAGGGAGUACUGGCCUCAAAGAGGUAUGUUGGGGUGGAGAAGGAGGGAGGCACACACGCACGCACGCACGCACACACGCACGCAUGAAACACACACACACACACACACACACACACACACACACACAGACACAGCUCUGCCAACCCCUCGGCCCCAAUUCUGCCCUGUGCUAGGAACCAAUGAGGAAAUUCAAAGUAACAAGACAGAGGGUGGGAAAGCUUGCACUCCACCCCUAUGUGAGGAAGCACGGGGUGCCCAAAGCCCACGGGUGCAGGUAUUCGGGGCAGUGUCCCAUAAAUAAGGCCUCUCUGGUCACACACCAUAUGGCUGCCGUUCCUCACUCUCAACCUCUGUCAGAAGGCCCUGCAACAAAUUGGUUCCUCAGUUUGAGGGAGACUGGGUUCAGGGUUACACUGGACUUAGAGGCACCCUCCUAACCACGCUUCCUGCCCCAGGUGGCAUUUCUGUCAUGGCUCAAGCGAGCCCACUCUACCUGGGUCUGUGAUGCCCUAACCAUCAUGCACCAGCUCCUAGCUUCAAAUGCAAGGCUGUGGCAAGGCCUGGACUGUCUGCCAAUGUUUCCUGCAUCCACACAAAGAAUGGGGUUAGCCAGGUGGGACCCAUGGCCCUGUAGCGUCUGGUCACGUGGGGAACCAGUUCUCUAUGUCUGUGAUUCUAGAAACACUGGGUUCUCUUCUGUUAUUAUUAUUAUUUUUUUAAAAUUUUUCUUCUUCAGUAGCUUGGGCUGCAGCCUCCACUCUGCCUGGUCAAUGGAGGAAAGAACAUUUCUUCUUGUAAUUUGUUUUGUGUGUUGGCAGAUCUGGGGCUUUGUGUGUGACUCCCUCAUGGUACACAUUUUACUACUCAUGGCCCUAGUCCGCCCGCAGUCAGUGUCUUUUGUACAUUUAAAUGUGUAAAUAAUUGUGACAAGACAAAGAAAUUAUUUAUUUCCAUCUGAAGUUCUUCAGGCUCCUCAUGGAGGACAAUGGGGUCGCUUUCCUUCCAUCUGUUUGUUUUCUUAUUUAAGACUAUUUAUUAACAGCCGGACCGAUGUACCCAUAGCUGUGGAAUAAAGUGGUCCUUAGUGGAAAAUCUGUAUAGAUAGAGGAAAAAGGGGUUUGACUUUGCAAUAAAAGGAGACGUUUGGUUCUGGUUGUCAGA